GAGCGAGCAGGGUGGCAGAGGAGGCGCGGAGCGGGCGGCGGCGGCGGCCCGAGGACGAGGAGGAGGAGGAAGAGCCGGCGGAGACGCGGCGCCCGGAGCCGGCCCGACCGAGCCGGGGGCGGCCGAGGAGGGGCGCGGCGGCCGCGGCGCAAGGGGGGCGCUCUGCGGAUGGCCCGGCCCGGCCCGCGGGGGGGGUGAGGUCCUCGGGCCCCCCGCCCUCCCCCCCGGCCCUCGCCCGCCCCCUCCCCGGGCCCGCUCGCCCUCCGGGGCGGUGGGGCAUGGCCUGAGGGUCCCCCCGGCUCCGGGGGGGAGGGGGGUGGGGGGAGGGGGGAGGGGCCGCGGGCGCCGCCGACCGGGACUCAGCAGCCCCGCCAGGCAGCCGCCUGUGAUGCUGCCGUCCCCCAGCGCCCCGUGGCCCCACGAUGACCCACAGCCCCGCCACAAGCGAGGACGAGGAAGGUCACAGCGCCAGCGAGUGUCCCGACGGGGGCUCCGAAUCACACAGCUCCCCAGACGGGCCAGGGCGAGGUCCCCGCGGGUCCCAGGCCCGGGGCAGCAGCGGCACACCUGGUAGCUUGGCCUCGGCUCGGGGCCUUCAGGGUCGCUCCAUGUCUGUCCCCAACGACGCCCACUUCAGCAUGAUGGUGUUCAGGAUCGGCAUUCCGGACCUGCACCAGACGAAAUGCCUGCGCUUCAACCCGGACGCUACCAUCUGGACAGCCAAGCAGCAGGUGCUCUGUGCGCUGAGCGAGAGCCUCCAGGACGUGCUCAACUACGGCCUCUUCCAGCCGGCCACGUCGGGCCGCGACGCCAACUUCCUGGAGGAGGAGAGGCUGCUGCGCGAGUACCCCCAGUCCUUUGAGAAGGGGGUGCCCUACCUGGAGUUUCGGUACAAGACUCGAGUGUACAAGCAGACCAACCUGGAUGAGAAGCAGCUGGCCAAGUUGCACACCAAGACGGGGUUGAAGAAGUUCCUAGAAUAUGUGCAGCUUGGGACAUCCGACAAGGUGGCAAGGCUGUUGGACAAGGGGCUGGACCCCAAUUACCAUGACUCGGACUCAGGAGAGACUCCCUUGACACUGGCGGCCCAGACUGAAGGUUCUGUGGAGGUGAUUCGAACUCUGUGCCUGGGCGGGGCGCACAUCGACUUCCGGGCCCGGGAUGGCAUGACAGCGCUGCACAAGGCCGCAUGUGCCCGCCACUGCCUGGCGCUCACGGCACUUCUGGACCUCGGGGGCUCCCCCAACUACAAGGACCGCCGGGGACUGACUCCUCUGUUCCACACGGCUAUGGUUGGGGGGGACCCCCGCUGCUGCGAGCUGCUGCUGUACAACAGGGCCCAGCUGGGGGUGGCCGACGAGAAUGGCUGGCAGGAGAUCCACCAGGCCUGCCAGCACGGCCACUCCCAGCACCUGGAACACCUGCUAUUCUAUGGGGCGGAGCCUGGAGCCCAGAACGCCUCUGGGAACACAGCCUUGCACAUUUGUGCCCUCUACAACAAGGAGACCUGCGCCCGGAUCUUGCUCUACAGAGGGGCCAACAAGGACGUGAAGAACAAUAGCGGGCAGACUCCCUUCCAGGUGGCCGUGAUUGCUGGAAAUUUUGAGUUGGGGGAGUUGAUCCGAAAUCACCGAGAACAGGACGUGGUACCCUUCCAGGAGUCCCCCAAGUACGCAGCCCGGCGGCGGGGCCCCCCAGGCGCAGGGCUGACAGUGCCCCCGGCCCUGCUACGGGCCAACAGCGACACCAGCAUGGCGCUGCCCGACUGGAUGGUGUUCUCAGCCCCGGGGACCUCGUCUUCGGCGGCCCCCGGUCCAGCCCCGGGACCCCAGGGCCCAGCGCAGCCCUCAGCCCCCAGCACCAAGCUCAGCAGUGGGACCCUCCGGAGCGCCAGCAGCCCUCGUGGUGCCCGAGCCCGCUCCCCGUCCCGAGGAAGGCACCCUGAGGAAGCCAAGAGGCAGCCCCGGGGGCGGCCCAGCUCCAGCGGGACUCCCCGGGAAGGCCCGGCCGGGGGCACCGGCGGCUCCGGGGGCCCUGGGGGCUCCCUGGGCAGCCGUGGGAGGCGGCGGAAGCUGUACUCGGCGGUGCCCGGACGCUCCUUCAUGGCUGUGAAGUCGUACCAGGCCCAAGGCGAGGGAGAGAUCUCACUGAGCAAGGGCGAGAAGAUCAAAGUGCUCAGCAUCGGAGAAGGAGGCUUCUGGGAGGGGCAGGUCAAAGGUCGCGUCGGCUGGUUCCCCUCGGACUGCCUGGAGGAAGUGGCCAACCGCUCACAGGAGGGCAAGCAAGCAGAAAGCCGCAGCGACAAAGCCAAGAGGCUCUUCCGGCACUACACCGUGGGCUCCUAUGACAGCUUCGACGCCCCCAGCGAUUACAUCAUCAAGGAGAAGACUGUCCUGCUGCAGAAGAAGGACAGCGAGGGCUUCGGCUUCGUGCUCCGGGGGGCCAAGGCGCAGACCCCCAUCGAGGAGUUCACACCCACCCCGGCCUUCCCGGCACUGCAGUACCUCGAGUCGGUGGACGAGGGCGGCGUGGCAUGGCGAGCGGGGCUGCGGAUGGGAGACUUCCUCAUCGAGGUGAACGGGCAGAACGUGGUGAAGGUUGGCCACCGCCAGGUGGUGAACAUGAUCCGCCAGGGAGGCAACACGCUGAUGGUCAAGGUGGUGAUGGUCACCAGGCACCCGGACAUGGAUGACACCGUGCACAAGAAAGCACCCCAGCAGGCCAAGCGGCUCCCGCCCCCGGCCAUCUCCCUGCGUUCCAAGUCCAUGACCUCAGAGCUGGAGGAGAUGGUCUCCCCCUGGAGGAAGAAGAGUGGUGAAUACGAGCAACAGCCGCCACCAGUACCCAGCAUGGAGAAGAAGCGGACCGUGUAUCAGAUGGCUCUCAACAAACUGGAUGAAAUCCUGGCCGCCGCUCAACAGACCAUCAGUGCCAGCGAGAGCCCUGGGCCUGGUGGCCUCGCAUCCCUGGGGAAACACCGGCCCAAAGGCUUCUUUGCCACAGAGUCGAGCUUCGACCCCCACCACCGCUCCCAGCCCAGCUACGAGCGCCCCUCAUUCCUCCCUCCCGGACCUGGACUUAUGCUCCGGCAGAAGUCGAUCGGGGCUGCAGAAGACGACAGACCCUACCUGGCGCCCCCAGCCAUGAAGUUCAGCCGCAGCCUGUCCGUGCCCGGUUCCGAGGACAUUCCCCCGCCGCCCACCACGUCGCCCCCAGAGCCCCCCUACAGCACCCCGCCCGCACCCUCCUCCUCGGGCCGCCUUACGCCCUCUCCGCGGGGAGGCCCCUUCAACCCCAGCUCGGGGCACACACCCCUGCCCGCCUCCUCCCCGGCGUCCUUCGACGGACCCUCCCCUCCGGAUGUGCGCGGUGCCGUCGGGGGCCGAGACAAGAGCCUGUACCACGCGGGGCCCCUGCCGCCGGCACACCAUCACCCGCCGCACCACCACCACCACCACGCGCCGCCCCCGCCCCCGCACCACCACCACGCGCACCCCCCGCACCCGCCGGAGAUGGAGACGGGAGGCGCCCCCGACGACCCUCCGCCCCGCCUGGCCCUAGGGCCGCAGCCCAGCCUGCGCGGCUGGCGGGGCGGCGGGCCCAGCCCGAGCCCGGGGGCGCCGUCGCCUUCGCAUCACGGCGGCGGUGGCGCGGGGGUCGGCGGCGGCGGUGGCGGCGGCUCCCCUCAGGCGCCGGCCCUGCGCUACUUCCAGCUGCCCCCGCGGGCCGCCAGCGCCGCCAUGUACGUGCCGGCGCGCUCGGGCCGCGGCCGCAAGGGCCCGCUGGUGAAGCAGACCAAAGUGGAGGGCGAGCCCCAGAAGGGCGGCCUCCCGGGGGCCAGCGCGCCGCCCUCCGCGCCCGCGUCCCCGCAGCCGACGCCCUCGGCCGGGGCCGCGCCGUCCGAGAAGAAUUCCAUUCCCAUCCCCACCAUCAUCAUCAAGGCGCCGUCCACCAGCAGCAGCGGCCGCAGCAGCCAGGGCAGCAGCACCGAGGCCGAGCCCCCCACGCAGCCCGAGGUGGCGGGCGGUGGCGGCGGUGGAGGAGGAGGUGGAGGAGGUGGCGGUUCCACCCCGAGCCCCGCGCCCGUCCUGUCUCCCGCGCCGCCGUCGCCGUCGCCCGUGCCCACGCCCGCCUCGCCCAGCGGCCCGGCCACCUUGGACUUCACCAGCCAGUUCGGCGCGGCCCUGGUGGGCGCGGCGCGCAGGGAAGGCGGCUGGCAGAACGAGGCGCGCCGGCGCUCCACGCUCUUCCUCUCCACCGACGCAGGCGACGACGAGGGCGGCGGCGACGGGAUGGGCGCGGGCGCGCCCCCCGGGCCCCGCUUGCGCCACUCCAAGUCCAUCGACGAAGGCAUGUUCUCGGCCGAGCCCUACCUUCGGCUGGAGUCGGCGGGCGCGGGUGGCGGCGCGGGCUACACGGGCUACGGGGCCGCGGGCCGGGCCUACGCGGGCAGCGCCGGCGGCGGCAGCAGCGCCUUCACCAGCUUCCUGCCGCCGCGGCCCCUGGUGCACCCACUCACGGGGAAGGCCCUGGACCCGGCCUCGCCGCUCGGGCUGGCCCUGGCCGCGCGCGAGCGGGCGCUGAAGGAGUCCUCGGAUGGCGGCGGCGCCCCGCAGCCCCCCGCCAGGCCCCCGUCGCCCCGCUACGACGCCCCGCCGCCCACGCCGCACCACCACUCGCCCCACGCCCACCACGAGCCCGUGCUGCGCCUCUGGGGCGCCUCGCCAGCCGACCCUGCCCGCCGGGAGCUGGGCUACCUGGCAGGGCUGGGCGGCGUGGAGAAGGCGCUCCCGGCCAGCCCGCCCGCCGCGCGCCGCUCGUUGCUGCACCGCCUGCCGCCCACCGGGUCCGGGGUCGGGCCCCUCCUGCUGCAGCUGGGGCCCGAGCCGCCCACCCCGCACCCCGCAGUGAGCAAGGCCUGGCGGUCCGGGGCCCCCGAAGAGCCGGAGCGGCUGCCCCUCCACGUGCGCUUCCUGGAGAAUUGUCAGCCGCGCGCCCCGACGGCGAGCGGCAGGGGGCCGCCGGCCACCGAGGACGGGCCCGGGGCGCCCCCGCCGCCUCCCAGCCCCCGCCGGUCGGUGCCCCCGUCGCCCACGUCGCCGCGGGGCGGCGAGGAGAACGGCCUGCCGCUGCUCGUCCUGCCGCCCCCCGCACCCUCCGUGGACGUGGAGGACGGCGAGUUCCUCUUCGUAGAGCCGCUGCCUCCGCCCCUGGAGUUCUCCAACAGCUUCGAGAAGCCCGAGUCGCCGCUCACGCCGGGGCCCCCGCUGCCGCUGCCCGAACCGCCGGCCCCUGCCUCGCCCCUGCCCCCCGCGCCGCCCCCGGCCGGGGCCGCUCCCGCCCCACCCGCCCUGGACUCCACCGCCUCGAGCCUGACGUCGUACGACAGCGAGGUGGCCACGCUGACCCAGGGGGCCCCCGCUGCCCCCGGGGAGCCGCCCCCGCCGGGCCCGCCCGUCCCCGCCGCUCCUGCCGCGCCCGCCCCGCAGCCCGGGCCGGACCCUCCGCCCGGCACGGACUCGGGCAUUGAAGAAGUGGACAGCCGCAGCAGCAGCGACCACCCGCUGGAGACCAUCAGUAGCGCGUCCACCCUCAGCAGCCUGUCCGCGGAAGGCGGCGGCGGCGGCAGCACGGGCGGCGGCGGGGGCACCAGCGUGGCCAGUGGGCCCGAGCUGUUGGACACCUACGUGGCGUACCUGGACGGCCAGGCCUUCGGGGGCGGCAGCACCCCCGGCCCGCCAUACCCGCCCCAGCUCAUGACUCCUUCCAAGCUAAGGGGCAGGGCACUGGGGGCCAGCGGAGGCCUGCGGCCCGGCCCCACGGGGGGCCUCCGCGACCCUGUCACCCCCACCAGCCCCACCGUGUCGGUGACAGGGGCUGGAACCGAGGGGCUGCUGGCCCUGACCGGCUGCUCGGGACCCUCGGCGGCGGGCGUGGUCGGGAGUCCAGUGGCCGUGGAGGCCGAAGUGCCUCCGGUGGCCUUGCCGGCGGCCUCCUCGCUGCCGCGGAAGCUGCUGCCUUGGGAGGAAGGCCCGGGCCCACCGCCCCCACCCCUGCCGGGGCCCCUGACCCAGCCUCAGGCCUCCGCCUUGGCCACCGUCAAAGCCAGCAUCAUCAGCGAACUCAGCUCCAAGCUGCAGCAGUUCGGGGGCGCCUCAGCGGCCGGCGGUGCUCUGCCCUGGUCCCGGGGAGGCGGCGGGGGAAGUGGGGACGGCCACCACACCGGAGCCAGCUACGUCCCCGAGAGGACCUCCUCGUUGCAGCGGCAGAGACUCUCUGAAGACUCCCAGUCCUCACUCCUCUCCAAGCCAGUCAGCGGCCUCUUUCAGAACUGGUCCAAGCCACCUCUGCCAGCACUUCCCACCGGAACCGGGAUCUCCCCUUCAGCCGCAGCGGCCACGGGGGCCACCUCCCCCUCGGCCUCCUCUUCCUCGGCGUCCACCCGCCACCUCCAGGGCGUGGAGUUUGAGAUGCGGCCCCCGCUGCUCCGCCGGGCCCCGAGCCCCUCGCUGCUGCCCGCCUCGGAGCACAAGGUCAGCCCCGCGCCCAGGCCCUCGUCGCUGCCCAUCCUCCCUUCCGGACCCCUCUACCCGGGGCUGUUCGACAUCCGCGGCUCCCCCACGGGAGGCGCGGGAGGCUCUGCGGACCCCUUCGCCCCUGUCUUCGUGCCACCCCACCCCGGAAUCUCCGGAGGGCUCGGAGGAGCAUUGUCGGGGGCAUCCCGCUCCCUUUCACCGACCCGCCUGCUGUCGCUGCCCCCCGACAAGCCGUUUGGCGCUAAACCUCUGGGGUUCUGGACCAAGUUUGAUGUGGCUGACUGGCUUGAGUGGCUCGGCCUAGCUGAGCACCGAGCCCGGUUCCUGGACCAUGAGAUUGAUGGCUCUCACCUGCCCGCCUUGACCAAGGAGGACUACGUGGACCUGGGUGUGACCAGGGUGGGCCACCGCAUGAACAUUGACCGGGCUCUCAAAUUCUUCCUGGAGAGGUGAUGGCUGGCCUGGGCGGACCAGCCCGUCCCACCGGACCGCAGCCUACUGGGCUCCUGAUCUCUCAACGCUCCCGUCCUUCCCCCACUACUACUUUCCCUGGGCCAGGGACUCUGGAAACUGCGCCCUGCCCUGCCCUCGUCUCCUGAGGCCUGCGGUCACCAGGUGACCUCAUCUAGGCCGGACACUCCCACCUUGCAGGAGGGGGCAGCUGACACCAGACUGUGUGUGUGUCUGGGAGCAGAGGGGAGUGGAGGAGGAGGAUGGGUUCAUGGUUUGGGGCGGGGAGAGAGCGGACAGACAGAGCCAUAGAGGGUCAGCCCUGAGCCUGACUGGACGGGGACCGCCCCCCCCCAGGUCACAGGAGAAGGGGGUGCCCUCACAUCCCACCACCUGCCGUCCCUCUAGCCGCCCUUCCCGCUCUCUCCUCCUGCCCCUGCGUGCUCCCUGCUGCCGGACGCACACAGCUGCCCGCUCCCUGCACGCUCGGCCUUGGCCCCUUCCCGCUGCCCACCUCCCCGGCUGUAGUUUUGCACACAUUCGCUCUCUGGCUGGCUCGCACACGCCGCUUCGCUCACAGCGUGCGGAGCCCUAGUGUCCUCGACCGCGCACACACUGCAGUUCUUUCUCUCGCUCCAGGACCCCUGCUCCAACUCUCGCUGCCCUGCGCCUCCGCCACCCCCUCCACCGCGGGCCCUCCUUCCUCUGUCUCUUUCCAUAUACCCCUCCCCUCAUCCCUGCUCUCUCUGGACCCAUGCUGCAGACACACGUGGGACACACUGCCCAUCCCCGUCUCCCUGCCCACCCCUCGCCGCCCCUGGCGCACCUGCUCGCUCCUGCGCUCUGCGGACCUGCGCUCACUUCCGCUUUCUCGCCUUGGAGCAAACCCCAACUUACCGCUCCCGUCCCUCCCUCCCUCCCACAGCGAGCCUAUUGCAUUGCACUGGCACUUUCGCCGCACCUCGGGCACACUUGCCUCCCAGAACCGUUUCUGAAAGGCCCGCCCCUCUUCCCGGGCCACCCCUCGCCUGCACCCCCUUGCACGCUGGCUCCUCAGUUCCGGGGCGAUUUUCCUACGCCCUCUCAUCACACCUUGGGGUCCCUCCCUGCGCUGGGCCGAGCCAGCCUUUCCCUGCCCCCCUUUCUGCACUCACCUGUUACACUCACUCCUCCUCUAGCACGCCUGCACCCCCUCGCUGUCCUUCCCGCAGUCCCCCACCCGCCGGGCCCUGGACCAGGGGCCCACCACCUCACCAGACUAUUCCCCCUCUCUGGGACGCCCUCUCUCCCGCAUGGCUGUCUCUCUCCCGCACGCUUCCCCUUCCCCUUAUUUCCAGGGCUUGGGAACUUGAAGCCACCCCUCUCCUGCUGUGGGUCAAGGGGGCUCAGGUCCCCCAUUCAUGUUCAGCUGCCAAAGAAGGGAGCUCCCCCUCCUUUCCCCCGAACCCACUCCCCCUCAGCUGCCCCCUACCCCCGAUGGGGGGGCGCUUAGUCCUUGAGGGGAGGGGACUGUCCCCUCCCCUCACCACGUCAGGGAUCUGCGGGGAACCUAGUGGGAGGGUUGCGGGAGGGGGGAGGGGUGGCCAGGGGAGGAGCGGAGGUCGUGCUGAGCCCCUCCUCGCCCCCUCCCCCUUGUCGGAGCCCCCCUGUCCGCAGGGGGCCUGCGCGCGCCUGUCUAUCAAGGGCUUGUUCAUUCUGGAUGGGUGCCGCGGGGCAGGGAAGGGGAGAAGGGGCAGGGAGGGGGGAGGAGAGGCUGGGUGGGAAGGGGGAGGGCCUGGAGGGGGGGCGGCGCGGGGUGGAGAGACAAAGCAAAAAGAGAAACGAUAACAAAAGAUGAAAAUACGAAACAAAACCCUAGAACACACACACACACACUCACAAAUCCAGAAAAAAAAAAAAAAACCUGAAAUAAAAGCCCGAGAAUUGUCUUCCAAGGGGGGGGUGGGAGGAAGAAGAGGAUGAAGACAUUUGGUUCUAGCCAAGUGAGGCUCUGCACGCUUGAAAAAGCCCUGAGGCCUGGGUCCUCCCUUCCGCGGACCUCAGCUUAUCCGUCAAGGGAGUGGGGCCCAGGCGUCCAUCUGCAGGGCGGACGACUGGGGAGGCGGGGUUACCACAUGGGGGCUCGUCCCUACCCCCCAUCACCUCCCUCCCCCUCCCACAACUCCCCACCAAGAUUUUGCGGAGAGAAAUGGCUUUUGUACCAGGUCAUUCUUUAUAAUUAAACUCACAGUAUCCACCCCCUCGAGCCGGCCCCGCCUCCUUCCUGGGGAGGCCACGCCCGCUCCCCUUAAGGGUUGGGGGGCAGGGGGAAGGUGUCUCUCCGGA